GUGUGACCAUUUUGUGUUCAAGCUGGAGAGCUGCAGCUGUCAGAAUUUAUUAAUGCCUUCUGGUGGGGGAUUGUUGGUAGUAUGUAACAGAACUUUUAGUGUUUCUAUCUGGGACUAUUUGAGCUCAUUGAAGGGGAAAAUCCAGUGGAUAAAUCUUUUUAUAUCUCCUCCUUUAUUGGAAGGCCAAGAAAAAAGAUUCAGUAUUAUAUCACAUGAAAUGGACAUGAUACCAUCACAGUGUAAUCAUCUGAUAUCUGCUGAAUUAACAAGGAAACCAGAAUACAAGGAAGGUAAAAAUGAAGAUGAACAGACAGUUGCAGAAAUCAUGAGAAGGCGUUUUUCUCCUGCUGUUGUAACUAACAGACCCUGGGAAUGUUUUCACUUUGCUGGCCAUGAGAUAAAAAUUACAGAAGCCACUGAAUGUUACGGGGCAGUAGUCUGGCCAUCGGCUCUUGUUCUAUGUCACUUUUUGGAAACAAAUGCUAAACAAUACAGUCUGGUUGAUAAAAGUGUAAUUGAAAUUGGAGCUGGAACAGGGCUGGUCUCCAUAGUAGCCACUUUACUUGGUGCACAUGUGACUGCCACAGAUCUGCCUGAAGUGCUAGGAAACCUUCAGUACAAUAUUCUCAAAAAUACCAAAAUGAAAUGUAAGCAUCAGCCCCAGGUUAAAGAACUCUCCUGGGGAGUUGAUUUAGAGAAGAACUUUCCCAAGUCUUUGUGUCAGUUUGACUACAUCAUGGCUGCUGAUGUUGUGUACUACCAUCCCUUCCUGGAGGAGCUGCUUCUUACCUUCCAUCAUUUGUGUCAGGACAACACUAUUAUUCUCUGGGCCAUGAGAUUCAGGCCGGACACACAGAACCAAUUUAUGAGCAGAUUUCAGGAAUUGUUUGACCUGGAGGUAAUUUCCAGUUUCCCCAGUUUAAACAUAACAUUGUAUAAGGCAAUGAGAAGAGGCAAGAAGAUGAUGUGAUUUCCAACUUGAGUAUUAGAAAGUGUGUGUGUGGAGUUUGAGUUUCUUUAUAGGUUCCAUGUUAACACUUGAUGACACCUGUAGAUUAUGUGCUUUUUAGGGUUAAAUCAAUGUCAUGUCAUAAACAAAAUAUAAAACUUCUUAUAUGCUUGAAAAGAUAUUCUAAAUUAAAUUUUCAUCUACUAGUACAUGUCGGGGAACAUCUUGUUGGCAUUUUCUGAACUUUAGGUGCUAAACUGUGAAACACUAAUAUUUUUCACAAGUUGUAUGGAUCAUAUCUCCACUAUGCUGUAGUAUUGCUGCCAACAACAUUCCAUUGCAGCUUAUAAUAGUGACUGAUAAGAUCAGAUGACUACACACAAUGUAAGAUUAUAAUCUAUUUAAAAUUAAAGUUGUGGUAUUAAAUGGCACUCUGGUGUUUCCACACUGCCAGCCAUACUGUUCAAAGUCAUGUUCUUUUAAUAACUCCCACAGGACAAUGAACCAGCCUGGACAGAGUAUGGGAAUAUAUAUUGUAGUGAAUAGUUCCAUGGCAACCAUUCCGUGACAUCUCAGAUGUGAGUUCCAUGCAGGUGGCAUGCCUUUUGGGGUGUCAGGGCAGCAGAUGGAUGCCUCUGUCCCCUUCAGAAGAAAGUCCCUUCCCACCACCACCACUCUUUGCCUUCUCUUAUGCAUGGUGAUUAUGAGCCUCACAGCCUUGGGGCAAGUGGCUCUUCUUCCUCAUGUUAUAAACUUUAACAAGUGGUCUUGUGUAAGAGUAGUGCAGAAUACUACCAAUUCCCUUUAAAAAAAUUUCUCAAAUCUUUGGAGCUUUGCCCCUCUCAAAAUAGACAACUGUGGACCUCUAGCUCUGAGGGCACAACAAUAAGAACAAUUGCCCUCAAGAAAAUGUUUUGCAUCACUGCCUCUUUGUGGUAGCUUGAGAUCAAAAUGAUUUAAUUUGCAUGCUUAGUUAUGGGCAGAUCAUAGAAAAAGUUGCUUAGCAUAUUUGGAUAGGUCUGCUGUGACUGUCUGUCUGUAUCCCUGUGUUCACCUUUUUACAAAACUAUAAUGCAUUUUGUACAAAAUAUGCCAUGUGAAGUGUCAUUUGAAAAUUCAUAAUUUACUGAUCAUUAUUGUCCUGG